AUGGAGCUGUGCAAAUGUCAGGACUACGCCAAGGGUCGCAGUGCCACCCUCCCUUCUAGCACACCCUUGUGCAAGUCUCCAGUGCCCAGUGAUGAUGACCUCUCGAAUAGAAAGCUGUUGCAGUCCACACAGGACAGUAUCAGGCACCGCAUCCUCCAACACUCGGAGCAGCUGCAAGUGGAGCAGGCCAUUUGGGACAAGAACACCGUAUCUAGAGCUCAACAGCACCAGGAACCUCAGAUCAAGAAGGUGAAUAAUCACGCUUCUACCACCAUCUCCCACUUCAAGCACCGCCUGCAUUGGUGCCACCAGCAGCUCCAAAAGCUGAAGCCCAGUGGCUGGUCUCAGCACUGCAGGCACAAGGGGCAAAGUCAGAUGCAGCAUUGGGAGCACCCCAAGCAAAGGGGCCAGCAGCGCCUGUCUGACAGUGCCACCAGAUUUAGUCCCCAGGACUACUCUGCGGGCAGGUCUGUGAUGGGGGCUCUAGACCAUACCAAAUGGGUCCAGAAGAAACACUGGAUGCUGCAGAAAGCGGAGGAGGAGCUGACAGAGGUCAAGCAAUUGCACCUUGACCUGCAAGCGUCCUACCGAACCCUCCAGGACAGGCGCCUGUCAGACCUGCAGGUCUCGGUGGAGAUUCUCCAGGAGCAGAGAUGCAGACAAAUGUCAAUGGAGGAUCAGGCCAACCAGCACCUGCAGGACUCCCUGGAGGAGAGAGCAUGCUUCAAGCAAAGCCUGGCAUGCACUGAGGAGAUGAUGGUCUUCCUGUCAUACCAGAAGGCCAAGGAGGAUUGGGAGAUCAUCAAGACUUUCCAGGGCCGCAUCAGCAGGCUGGAGAGGCUGCAGCUGGCCAUGCAGCAGGAUCUGGCCCGCAGGAUGCAGAGACAUUGCCUAAGAGAGGGAACCGGCCCACAGGGCCUGCUCAUUGCCCUACCUGAGCAGGAUGUGCCGAGUGUGCUGAGGGACUUGUGA